AUGGCUGCCAAUCCGGGGCGAUUUUUCCCCUGGUCCAGCGACCAGCAGAUCAACCCAGGAUGGUUGGGCCCCUGCUUCUGCCAGGCUUACAGCAAGUGCUGGGUGAAGGAGUUCACGCAGCCCACGGACGUGCACUACUCUCACUUCCUCAUGAAAGCCUCGGACACCUUGGAUGCCAACACAGCGGCAAAGAUGGAGUGUGCCCUCCUCCUCCCUUCCACGCAGAUGCCCAAAGUGGACCCCCUUCCUCUCCCCGCCGCCGUCCCUUCCUUUGGGGAACCCAAGGGUCGGAACAGGCUCUUCUCCAUCCUCCGGGCUUUUGCCGCUUGGAAGCCCUUGGUCGGCUACCAGCCGGAUCUCGCGAGGCUGGCUGGGCACAUCAUGUCCGUGACGGGAAAUGAGCGAGCGACCUUUCAGGCUUUGGUCACUGUGUACCAAAGAUACCAUUUGCAAGACUACUUCGAGGGCACGGGCGCAAAGGAAGCGCUGGGAGGCGAUGCGGCCAAGAUCUGGGCUGGGGCGCGGCUGAACUUUCCUGACUUGGCCUAUGCCUUCACCCGCUUCAACGAGGCAGCGCUCUUCGAGUCCACCGUGUCCUCUUUGCUGUCGAGGUUGCUGACUCAGACGUUCUGUCCAGACAUUCAACCCUUCCACUACCAUGUUCGACUCUUGCACUUCUUCUUACUUCCAGCCUGGGACUACGACCCUGAAGAUCCGCGAGGGCAACUUCGCAAGCUGGUGCUUUGCAUCAUGGCCAGGUACGAGAAGCCCUUCCUGCAGUGCAGGAGCCCAGCUGAGCUCCGGACCAUGGCGGCCAGCAUCGAGCAGUUUGUUCGCGUGGACGACGCCUUGAUCGAGAUGAUGAGCAACAAGUACUGGACACUCGAGCUCCCUCGUGGCCCCGUGUGGCCGGCAGCGUUCAUGGCUGGAUUGGGCGCCGUGCUCGCCUAUGACUUGGCAAGCCCACUGGGCUUGGGAGCGCAUGUCGCCUGCACCGCGUGCGGGAGCGCCGCUGGCAUCCUCUAUGGAGCGCUGCAGUCGGCGCAGUGGAGUGCAGAGGCAUGUGUGCUCACGAACCGAGCGCUGUCACCUUACGGCGACGGCUCGCACUUUUUGGAGAAUAAGGGCUGUUGCAAAGAAAUUCAGGAUGCAGGAUGCCCGGUAGCAGAACCUUCAAAAAACUAG